AUGCGCGCCCAAAUCCUGGAAUCCUUCAACAAACCGUACACCUUCAAAUCCGACCACCCUGCGCCUCCGGCACCACAAGGCUAUGAGCUCCUCAUCCGAGUCCAGGCCGCGUCAUACUGCCAUACGGACGCGGUCUUCGCGUCGGGCGCCAUGCAGCAGGGCCUGCCGCGCAUUGGCAGCCAUGAAUUUUCUGGGAUUAUCGACUCGCUCGGUCCGGAGGCGGAGAAAGUUGCAGAGAAAAGGGGCUUGAAGAAGGGAGAUCUGGUCGGCGUGCCGGGACGAGCGUUCAACCCGUGCGGAGAAUGUUCCGAGUGCGUGCACAACGACGGCGACAUGCCCGGGUAUGGCGUCUGGUGCACACGCGCGCGCAACCUCGGGCUGACCCGGGACGGGGGCUUCCAGGACUGGUGUCUCGUUGAUAGUCGGCAGGUUGCGCGGGUACCGGAGACUGGGGGCAUGAGGGCCGUGGACAUUGCGCCGUUGAUGUGUGCGGGCGUGACGGUGUGGAAUUCGCUCGAGGCGGCGGGCGUGCAGACGGCCGAAGGUCAGGCAAAUGGAGAGGGCAAGUAUGUCGCGAUCUUGGGCGCAGGGGGUGGGCUGGGCCACCUGGGCGUGCAGUUUGCGGCGAAGCUGGGGUGGAAUGUCGUCGCCGUGGAUACGACGCCGGCGAUGGGGAUGUUGGACGACGUGGUCAAGGAGCUCGGCGAGGACGGCAAGCGGGUCCACGUCGUGGACGCGCUCAAGGAGUCCGUGGAGGACGUCAAGAACCGCAUCUUCGGCGCGGCGGCGCAGGGCCUCGAGGGCGAAAAGGGCUGCGACUCGUCCAUCAUCCUGCCGGAGUCGCAGGCCGCGUUUGACUUUGGCAUGGCCGUGCUGAAGAACCACGGCACCUGCGUGGCGGUGAGUUUCCCCAAGGAUGGCUGGAAGUUCAAGCCCGGCGAUCUCGUCUUUCGACACAUCAAGUUGGUGGGCGUCUUGACCGGGAGGAAUCGCCAGUUGCAGGCCAUGGUGGAUUUUGCGGCCAAGCACGGAGUCAGGGCCAGGAUCCGGACGUAUCCACUGGAGCAGUUGAACGGGUUGGUGGAGGACUAUCAUAAAGGGGUCGGUGGGAAGUUGGUGGUUGAUAUGCAGUUGAAACCAUAG